AUGAAUUCCCCUAGUAAAAUUGAAGAUACACCUCCAUCUACAAGAUUGGACGGAACAGACAUCAAAUUAGAGCCUUUACAUCUUUCUUCGACAGAGGAGAAUGAUGUUUCAUCCCAAUCCUCUCAGUUGACAACAAAUUCUGACCCUAAUUCUAUAACCUCUCCGACAACAUCUAGUAGUGAUUCCCUUCCAUCUCCUACCACCUCUAUAAUUCCGACCAUUAUUCAUCAAACAAUUCAUCAUCAAUUUUUAGAUAUUCUACAUUUGCCCGAAGAACUUCAAAUUUAUAUUAUUCAAUUUUGCACACCUCUAGAGCGUUUUCAGGUUAUUUGCAGAAUUUCUAAACACUUCUAUAAUCUUAUUUUCUCCCAUAAAGGUUGGAGUUGUGUUGUUGGUUCCAUGACCUCUCCUCACAUCAAGGACAUUUCAAGUUGCAUUUUCGAUUGUGCUUGGUUUUCGAAAAAGAAAAAACUUCACACCCUUGCUGUAGGUCUCUCUAGUAGUACAAGUGGUGAAGUCACUGCCUCAGCAAGUGUAGGUAGAAGGAGGAGAGCCAUUCUUCAAGCAAGACUUCCAUCCAACAAUGGUGAUGGUGAACAACAAGAAAUUGUCAUUAAUAAGGACAAAUCCGACGAAACAAUUGAAAAUUUAUUUAGCAAAUGCAAUUUUGAACACAUUGAAGUGAAUUGCUCGACAGUACCUAGCACUAGACUUUUGCUAAGCUAUGCAAAAGAAUACUGUAAAUAUUUAAAAACAUUGAUAUUUGGUUACAAUUACCACGUAGAUAUUAAGGAUUUAAUAGAGAACAUCUUGAUUCCAUUUUCUAAUCAAUUGGAAAAUUUACAUUUUAGCUUUCAAUGGGAUUCUUCAAUCAUUUACAAUGGUCAGGACACCUUAAAACCAACAAGCUCUCCUGUUCAAGACCUAAACGUGAAACCUCAACUCUUAUUCUCUCCAAAGGGCAUUCCAUUCUUUGCAUCUCCUCAAUCCAAAAAAACGGAAGAAAAGCCAAAACCGGCCACUAUUAGUCAAUUACCAAUUGUGGACUGCUUUACUCCUUCUUUCGAGUUGACCAAACUUAAAAUACUGGAUAUUUUUAUUGGCAACUCUUCUGCCAUAGCCAAGCAGUUCUUUAUCAAAGUAUGCCAAUCCUCUCCUAACUUGAGAGUUUGUAAAUUGAAAGGAGACAUUCAAAUAGAAAUGCUAUUAUCCCUUUCUAAAUUUUGUAGAUAUUUGGAAGUUUUAAUUCUGUACAAUACCGGUAAAGAGAAGUUAACAGAUGAGUCAAUAAGUGACAUGUUAAAAAUUGGAGGGGCUUUCAACAUGUCAUUACGAGUUUUAUCCCUGUCAUGUCCUUCAUUAACACUCAGAUCUAUUGCACUGAUAACAAAGUUUUGUAAAAAUUUACAAUACUUUGCCAUAUCAAGUCUAGAUAUUAAGAGGGAAUCAAAUAAUGACUAUAUGACUUUCCACAAACUCGAGCAACUUAAAGUCCUUAAAGUCAAAGAUGAAAUGAAUCAUGCAAACUGGCUAUCAGACAGACUACUAAAAUGUCUAUCAAGUGACAUUGAAUAUAUUCAGGUACCUGUACCAACUGAUGAAUCAGAUGUUACAUUCACUCUUUCAAGUGAAGAGAUUUCCUUUAAAAAACUCAAAAAUUUGAGGCUAACACAGAUUAAUUCAGAAACUUUUCCAAAUUUUUUCCUGGGAGGAUGUGCCAACAAUCUUCAAGAGCUCUAUUUGGAGUUUGAUAAUACUCAAUGUAGCAUGUUGAAUCAAUUGAAAUUAUUUGUUCCACAACUGGUAAAUUUGACCACACUCACCUUGGAAAUGUCAGAAUUUGAUUCCACUCUUUUCACCAUACUAUCACACCUUCCCAACUUACGUAGGCUUUACAUAAAGACUCGAGGAAAUAUUGAAAAGUAUGAAGCUGAAAAUGGAUGGAAACUCAAAAGAUUAAUGAAUUUGGAUACCCUUGUAAUUAAUAGUGCUUCAAUAUCCCAAUUUUUCACAGAAGAUUUUAUCAUUUCUCUUAACAAUCUAGUAAUGAUUUGGCUUGCUUGUCCAGUAAAUUGCAAGGCAAUCAUUGAUCAUGAAGAAUUAUCUGAAGAGGAUAAGCUGAAUAUUUCAGUGGAAAAUGUCAUUAGAUGUUGUGACCAGUAUAUUCACGAUCAUUUCGAUGAAUUAUCUCAAGAGGAAAAAUUGGAAAUGAAGAAGGAAAUCAAACACAGACUAAUGGGUGACACUCAAUACGAAUACAAGUUUAUUAGUCCUAAACCUAAUAUACUAAUGCAAAAACAUUUUUGCACAUUUUAA